CAGGAGACAAACAGUCUAUCAGUAAUCUCUCUUGAAGUGUCAUGUGUCAUGAAGUUCAGUGAUUAUUUUUAACCCACUUGCGGCAUUCACAACAAAAUGGAUGAAGGCAGAUCCUGAGUGCAGUGGGCGCAUCCAUGACCGUACUUAAAAGAGUAUGAAGUAUGGUCAGGCAAAUUAUUUUUGUAUGUAUUUGCUCACCUAUUUCAGGCAAAUUCAACAUCAAUAAGCAAAGGAUUCACACAUUACAAUAAAGAAAAUAUUAAGAUGAAGUAAUUUUCUUGAAACAUCACGCUAACCGUGUACAUGCCUGUGUUUAGUUGACUUCUUCAUUUAGGUUAGAUGUAAUCAGUUCACUCAAUACAGCUGAGUCAACUGCCUCUAGUGGACAAAAACAACACUGCACCAAAUAUACAAGAGUCUCUCUGUGGUGUACAGAUCAAAAGGAUUUCCAAAGUGAAUUCACUAAAUAACACAAAACAAAGUCAUGUUUAAUUUAAAGGGGUCACAUCAACUUUAUUAAAAUAACUGGGCCAGUACCCUUUGUAAAGACCCCAUUUAGGUACAGAUAUGUGAUGUCAGUAUGUACCUCGAGGUAUUAAUAUGAACUCUUUAUGUGCACAGGUGUACUUUUUAAAAGGGUAGCGCCCCAGUGACAGCUAGAGAUCAUUUAUAACAUUUGUUUCUGACAGUGUAUGGAUUAUAUUAUUACUGGGAAACAUGAAGACAUACGGAGCCCUUCUCAUGACAUGGGUCCCUAACAUUGGAUAAUUUAAAUGUAACCUGUGAUGAACUGAAUAUUUGUGCUGUGAGGGGGGACCAGAUGAAUGUGAGGUGCGAUUACUCAAACAUCAACAUCAAAACUGGGUUCUGGCUCAGUCAGAAACAGAGAACAAACUGGAGAAACAAAGAUGAACCUGAAGAUUUGACUUUAGAUUCAGAUUACUCAGGACGAGUGAAGCAGUGGGUCACUAAAGAUUACUCAGAGCUCUUAAUAUCAGAUGUGAUAGAGAGAGACAGUGGAGAAUAUCAGCUCAUGAUCAUUAUGAAGGAUGGAGUUAAACAUCUCAGCUCAGUCACAGUCAAUCUAACAGUCACAGUUUUACAGGUGAAGAUAAAUCCUGAAUCUACAGGACAGCGAGUAAAACUGAGCUGUGAUUCCUCCUGCCCUUUGACAUCUGAAAAUGAGUACAGCUGGUACAAGAAUGGACAACUUUUAACACAUAACCAAAGCAUAUUUGUGUCAUCCAGUGGAAACACUGACAGUUAUUCCUGCACUGAGUCUUUUUCAGUUCCCUCUUCAUCUGUGUGUGUUUCUAACAGUAGCUGCUGGGGUGUGACUUACACAUCUACAAGAGUUUGUGCUUUAGUGGGAUCAACAGUAGAUAUUCACUCUUCAUACUCACAUCCCACUGGAGAUACAGUAGAGAAAACAUACUGGCAUUACUAUCAUCAUGGGGAAUUCAAAGAUCUGCGUGAGGAUCAUCAGUUUUCUGGUCGUGUGGAGUUUGUGGGAAACACACUGAGAGUCAAAGACGUCAACACGAGUGACACUAGAUUAUAUCGAUUCAGCAUCAUCACUAACACAUCAGAUGAAGUUUCUGGUUUACAUGGAGUCGAUCUUAUUGUUACAGAUACACGUGUGAUAAGCAGCCCAAAGCGUGUGAUAAAUGGAGAAAAAGUGAUAUUAAGCUGUUCAACUGAAUGCACUUUGGAUAGCAAACAUACUUACAUCUGGUAUAAGAAUGGACAACAGGUAACAGAUGGAUUGAGAUUAUUAAACAAGCUGUACCUGGACUCAAUCAACAGUGAGGAGCUACAAGAGUAUUCCUGUACUGUAAGAGAUUCAAUGGACAAAACCAAUGAAACAACUGUCAGAAACAAUGAAGAAGCCGACAGUUCAGUGUAAAUAAUCUAAUGUUCAAAUACAUGAAUUAUUCAUUGAAGUAUUGAGUUUAUCAUUCAACAGUCUUGUGUCAGUGUCAGAUCAACUGUAACAUCACAAUGCAUAAAUCCUAGAUGAAGAUACUGUGAUCUACUUUCAUCUUCACUGUCAGGCUAUGUAAGGGAUAAUGUAGAGGCAGCCGGUAGUUAUUGGGGAAAUAAGCCCCGACAGUGUGAUCAGGACCCGACGCGAAGCGGAGGGUCUUGUAUCACACUGAAGGGGCUUAUUUCCCGAUAACUACCAGCUGCCUCUACAUUAUCCCGCUUAUUACACGGCUACUUGUUCACAUAAGAAAAAAACCGGACAUGAAUAUGAAUUUGAAACAUUUUAUUGGCAUAUUUGUUUUAAAUUAACAUUUUUAUCCUUCCGCGAAACUUUGCACAGAUGCAUAAAAUGAUCGUAAUACCUUAUUAAGAUCCUCUGCUUCAUACUUGUCUGUCUCCAUUUUUUCUCUUUUAGCCAGUCUUUGAGAAGUUUUAAUGCCCAUUCUGUAUUUUUUUGUGUGUUGGCUUCGUAGCUGUCAUGCUCUAUUUUGUCAAGAUCAGUCUCAGUAAGCUGUCUGUGUCUUGUCGUGGUUGUCCAAUGUUUGUCACAAGAUGGCGCCAAACAGUAAUCUUUAUUAAUCUUGAUUGACGCGGAGCGAUUUUACUCGUACAAGUAGUACCGCCUAUGCGUUAUUACAUUGGAGCGGUUAUUAUUUGAAAAGAACGAACCUGCAAAUGUCUCAACUGACCAAUCAGAAUCAAGCAUUCCAGAGAGCCGUGUAAUAAUAUUGUAUAAACUAUGGGGACAUUAUUUACACGCAUGUUGCUUUCAUUUUACAGUUUAGACACUGACUGUGUAUCAUAGCUCUUUAUGUUUUAUAAUUCAUUGUCAUUGUUGUAUAUUUUAUAAUACAGUCUUUUGGUUUCAUUAAGUUUGAGAAAACUGCAGCAGUGAUUUAUUUCUUUAAGCCGUAUUGAGUUAACUUCUUUUAUUUGGGUAAUCUUCUUUUACUAACAAAUAGUUGCUAUGAUUUUGUCUCUUCUAAAUGUCGACUCUUCAGUGUACUUAGGUUUUAUUCAGGACUCAGUAGAAAAUCUUUUGCUUAUUCUGCACUCUGGUCAUGAAUUAAUCUUCAGAAUGUAACAACAGCUUGAUCAUUUUAUUACCAUGGGAAAGUUUAAAGCGCUUAUUAAAAGUUUGAAGCUUAUAAAGAAGUUUCUGUUAUAAGAAUGUUAUUGCUAUAGGCUUGAUUUUGUGUAAAUACAUUUACAUGACAUUUUAGUAUUUACGAGUCCUUUACAGGUAUAUUAGUGCAUCUAAAUUUUGUUCACUGUUUUUUUAUUGUACUUUUUAAUUUUGUCUUUAUGAAAAGUGUGGCUUCUCAGCUGGGUCUCCCACAGGCCGGGGACACACCUAAGGAUUUUUGCACAGAUUAUGAAUGUAAUUUAAUUUGAACUACUGAUCAUGCAAGUGCUUUCCCAGCGUUAUGGGCCGCCUUGGUUAAAUAAAGAUUAAAUAAAAUAUAAAAAAUCCUUGA